CACUGGGGGAAGAGGAUGGGAACUCAGGAGCGGAAACCCAUGACACUUUCAGACCCCGCUCAAGGGAAAACACUUGUGUUGAACUCUUCUGCGGUUAAGAAAACAACAACUACAAUGGCGUCGUGUUCCGAGGAAACUGCCACGAAUACUGAGGAAGAACCGACAGAAACCCUAGCUUCCGAGAAGAGAGAAGCGAGGCUUCGUAAAUUCAGAGAGCUUCAUUUUAAACGGAACGAAGCUCGAAAACUGAACCACCAGGAGGUUGUGGAGGAGGAUAAGAGAUUGAAGCUUCCCACAAAUUGGGAAGCUAAAAAAGCCCGUCUAGAGUGGGAGCUUGCUGAGGAUGAGAAGAAGAAGGAAUGUGCUGCUCGUGGGGAGGAUUAUAACAGAGUGAAGCUGCUGGAAGUCACUGCUGAUGAAGCAGAGCGAUGGGAGAGGAAGAAAAAGAAGAAGAAUCCAGACACAGGAUUUGCAGGUUAUGCAGAAGCCCAGUUCCGACAGUACCAGAGACUCACCAGGCAAAUCAGACCUGACCUGGAAAACUACGAGAAGCAAAGGGAAGAAAGUGGUGAGGACUUCUACCCCACGUCGAAUAGUCUGAUUUACGGAACCCAUACUCCCUCAAAGGAGGGCAUUGACCGCAUGGUGGAGGAUGUUGAGAAACAGAUCGAGAAGCGUGCCAAGUACAGCCGGCGCAGAGCCUACAACGACGACGCAGACAUCGACUACAUUAACGAGAGGAACGCCAAGUUCAACAAGAAGGCGGAGCGUUUCUACGGCAAAUACACAGCAGAGAUCAAACAGAACUUGGAGAGAGGAACGGCUGUGUAACACACACAGCCAACCUGGUGAUYCACUGCUUUGUGGAUCUAUUUUUUUGUUGUUGCAUAUGGAGUACAUGUAUUUACAAACCAACAUAGUGUGCAGAAUGUUUUAUUAUUUCAUUAUUUAGACCUGGCAAAUGUCUCUUAAGGUAUGUCACAGUUUGAUUUCUUUUGUACAGUAUAAUUAUUCUGACAUUGAUUUUUAAGUAAACCACUUCUAAUUAUCUGCUUAUCUUGCUUAAUUCUUGGUUUUUCUGAGGGUUUAUGGUGUGUGGUCUUGUGAUGGAGACACUUUAAGCCUGAGAAGAAACCACCAUCAAACCUCUGGGCAUGUUCAGCAGAGUGUCUUUUUUUUUGUUUUGUUUUGUUUUAGUGGAGGUGCAGAAAGAGAUAAGGACCAUGAACAGAGUAAUUUAAUUUAUCRUCUUCAUCGCAGCACUAAUUUGCCUAAAGGCUGCGACAUGACCAGGAAAAACCUUGUGACUUGAACUGGGUGAAAAAAAAAAAAAAGGCAAACAGGUUCCCAUGAAGUCUGCACUCUGUGAUCACUGAAUGUGGUGGCAUUGCACCCUCUGCAGGAAAGCUGAAUAAAACAUUUGCAAUUCAUMUUAA